GCAGUGGCAAAGAGUUAGAGAAGACGCAAGCUUAAAAAAAAAAAAAAAAGAUUUGAUCUUCUUCUUCUUAAAAAGAAGAUAUAACACACUAUCAUUUCUAUUUCUCUCCUGUCCACAUAUGCUUAUCUUCUCCUCUAUAUAUUUUUCCUUCAAUCUCUGUGCGCAACGGUGUAAAGCGAUAGGGGUGUAGUUCCUGUUUCCGACUGGGAACUGGAGGAGGUGGUGCUGUUGCCGGUACUGAUUCUUCCAAUUUGGUCCUGGUUCAUGUGCUCUUUGCCUCUUUCUAGUAAGUUCGUUUUUCUCUUUUUCUUCUCCCAGUUCCUCUGUUUAUUUUAGUGCUUUCAAAUUCCUUUCUCACUAUUGUUGCUUGUAAUAUGACAUGUUUCAGAUCAUGGUGUCGUACGGUGCCUUGGCAGUGACAAUGGUGGUGGUCGUGGUUACAGUGCAGUGGUUGGGUUGCAACUUUGCAGAAGGGUAUCCGGAAGAAGACCUUGUGGUGAGGCUUCCUGGUCAACCAAAAGUCUUAUUUAGACAGUAUGCAGGUUAUGUCGAGGUUGACACCAAAACAGGCCGUAGCCUCUUCUACUACUUUGUGGAAGCAGCCACACAACCUGAGACCAAACCCUUAACCCUUUGGCUUAAUGGAGGCGUGGAUGUUUGUAUGACUUACGAAAGGAAGUUCUACUUCAAUCUCCCAGAGGUCCAACACGCUCUUCACGCCAACCGCACUCGUCUGCCUUACGAGUGGUCUAUGUGCACCAGCCGGGUGAAUUACCGUGGCAUUGACUCGAACAUCUCCAUGCUUCCGCUUCUUAAGAGAAUUAUACAGAACAAAACUCCUGUUUGGAUUUUCAGUGGCGAUCAAGAUUCUAUAAUUCCAUUUCUUGGUACUAGAACCAUCAUACGAGAACUUGCUCAUGAUCUUAACUUCAGUACCACACUUCCCUAUAGACAUUGGUACCACAGAGACCAGGUUGCCGGCUGGGUCACGGAGUAUGGAAAGCUAUUGACGUUUGCAACAGUGAGAGGAGCGGCUCAUAUGGUUCCCUAUGGGCAGCCCGCACGAGCUCUCCAUAUGUUUAGUUGCUUUGUGCGUGGACGAAGAUUGCCCAACAACACACAUUACCCCGACGAUGGGUAAAAAAGAGGAGAUGUCUCAUUAAUAAAAAGGAGUGUUUGUUGGAUAAGUUUGGAUUAAUAAGUUUCCUUUUCUUUAAUAGUGUUGUGUUGAUCUAUAAGGAAUAGGAAAUAUGAUUUGUGUGAUUCCUAAUAGGUUUAGGAUAGUGUGAGUUAUAUAUAUGAAGAUGCAGUGUGUUGUUGCAUAACAUAUUGUGUGAGUGAUUGCUUUGUGAUUGAGCUUUGAUAUUGAAUAAACAAGAGAAGGACUUC